UCCACCAAUCGACCGGCGGCCAUGGAGUGCCACCUGAAGACCCAUUACAAGAUGGAGUACAAGUGUCGCAUCUGCCAGUCGGUGUGGUGCGACCAGCCCGCGCUGGAGAGGCACGUGCGCGAGCAUCGCCUCGGCAACCACUACAAGUGUGAGCAGUGCGGCUACCUGUCCAAGACGGCCAACAAGCUGAUCGAGCACGUGCGCGUGCACACGGGCGAGCGGCCCUUCCACUGCGACCGCUGCGGCUACAGCUGCAAGCGCAAGGACAACCUGAACCUGCACAAGAAGCUGAAGCAUGCCCCGCGCCAGACCUUCGGCUGCACGGAGUGCCCCUUCACCACCACCCACCCCUUCAUCUUCAGCCGCCACCUCAAGAAGCACCAGGGUGGAGGGGAAGGGGAGGAGGCCGGCGAGGAGGAGUUCCAGGCCCAGCUAGGGGGCUCUCUGGUGGGGUCUCUGCGGGGCGAGGAGCCCUUCCUCCUGGGGGCCCUGCAGUCUGUCGCCCUGUCACUCAUCACAGGGAAACAACACCACCGUCAACAGGAACUCCCGCCCCCAGCCCAGCGUUACCUGACAGCGACCACAACCAAUGGCGGAGGCCCCUCCCUCUUCUUCCCCUCCCCACGCCACGUCUACGAGCAGUUGGGAAACUGCGAGCGGGCGCACCUGAUCCCCCUCACAACCCUGUUCACCCACCGCCACCGCUCCACAUUCCACUCGCCCCUCUCCAGACUCCAGAGGCCGCCCUCCUCCUCCCCCCUUUUCCUCUCCUCCACCCCCUCUCCUCCCUCGCCCACCUCACUCAAACACUCCUUCCUGGCUUACCUAGGACUGGGACUGACGGAGAGAGCCAAGACUGUGUGACUGUUCUCCUCUCCUCCUUCUCAUCCCUAUCUCUUCCCCCUCCCUCUCGUUCCCCUUUCUCUCCAUCCCUCUCUCCCUGGACAGUGGUGUGAAUGAUCGUUAUCCACUGCGAUGGGGAAAACUUUCCAAUCAAGCCAGCUGAAUAAGCUGGACAGAGACAGACAAGUAGUUAUUGUAGACAAUGGAGAAGAAAAAAAUGAAUUUAUCAGAGAAAAGGCUGUAUGUGCUAAAAAAUGCAUUUAUAUCAAAAGCUGCUUUUCUUAUCUGUUAUAUCGAUUGAAUUAUUACUCUCUCUCUCUACUUUUUAUUUUCUAAUGUUUGUUUUUUGGACUUUUGAAUGACCAGGACCCAACUGCAUUAUCUGUAAAACGGAUCCGUGUUUUGUUUUUGUUUUUGUUAGAAAAGUCGAAAAAGAAGAAGAAACAAAACAAGUGCUCUGACAUUUUUAGUGCAUUUUUGUCUUUUUGGCUACUACGCAUCAGAAUAGCAUGCCUGCCUCUUUGUUUCCGCUAGCUUUGAUGCACGUCAUUUAAUAGGGUAUGAUGAACCAAUCCCCAGGAUGUUAAAUUGUGAUGCGCCGCGAACAAGAACCAAUGAAACGGAACGCUUUUUCUCAAAAGUCUCGUUUCCAAAGCAACGCCUCAAACCACGCACUUAAUGAAUUAUUUAACAAAUGUGUACUGUACAUAGUUUUGUAGCCUUCAAUCUCCCCCACAACUAAGCUUUGACUUUAUCUGUUUGGUUUUGUGUAAUGGUGAAACCAUAUGCAUCAAACGUCGACUGAACUCACCUUUGUCUCAGGUGGCGGUCGUCUUGGCAACCCAUACACACAGGUGACAUCUUGUACGUUGUUUGACGUUGUGCGGUGGGGUGGACAGAACAAGUGACAUUCUCUACUCAAGGCCCUUUGCCAAUUCAAACGGUUUUCAAAUCAAUGUAACACACAUUAUAGCCUCAUGCUAUAGUCUUUGCUUUCCCCAACUUAGCCCGUGUGUAACCGUAGCCUAGUCCCAGAUGUGUUUGUGCUGUCGUGACAAUGACCGUAGGAAUUGGCAAGACACCACAAACAGAUCUGGGACCAGAUUAGUUUUACCCCACCAGCCCACAUCAAAGGUUCCAUGAGGACACCUGUAACCCCUGAGACCAGGGUCCUAUUCAUUAGGCACCAAACGGAAGAAAAAGGACUGAAUCACCAGAACUUGUCGUUAUGCUACGUUGCGCCCUAAUGAAUAUGACCCAGGUGUUGUUCGGUCCAGCAUCAUGUGUAGAACUAUGUAUGGACUGGCGCACCAUUACGUUAGAUAAGCUGUAAGAGAUACCUGUUUUGUGGAGGUGACCAGCUGACGGGGUGUUAAAACCCUCAACAGCUCCGGUCACCACAGGCCGAUUCAAUGGUGCUUUUUGGAGCUCUUUUGUAAUUUUGUGUAAAAGAAAAAACAGAAAGAAACUGUUCCAAAAUGACUUGAAUGAAUGUAUUUGUCUUUGUUGAUGUACGUGAUGCGAACGUGAUACAGAUGUGCGGUGUAGUUGCAGGCAGGGACUGUUGGGUACCGUUGCCUAUAUGACAGAAAGCAAGGGGUUGGUUUUGUAGGUCGGUGGCCUUCUGUGUCUUUUUAGGUUGUUCAUUUGUUUUUUUCAUUCGUCUUUCUCUUUUUUACUGAGCCUUUUAAACGUAGGACGAUGAGCAUUUUCUACUAACGUGCAUCGCUAUUAUGAAGCCAUUUUGAUGAAGGCUCCGAUAGGUCCAAUGUUGUUGACGAGGAAGCAGCCAUUGGUUAGGUUUUGGUGGUGUCGCUUCUAUCUCAGUGAGAAGACAUGGUACUGCUUUCUACUCCCCCUUCGCUCCAUCUCUCAGUUGUAAUUGCACUUAGCUUAGUCCCAUUUCAAAACCAAAAGCACUUACCUAGUUCAUAUUGUUAUAGUGCAAACGUUUGAGCUGUCGGUCCGAUAGGAUAUCCCCGGAAACAGACGUAUUACCUUUUUAAGAUGUUUGCUGUGAACGAUCUGAAUCAAAACCGUGAUUUCCUGAUUUUUGUUGUGUAGACAUUUUCUGGUUUAGUGCGGAGGGUUUUUACCUCUGUAAAAUUGCAGAGCGCAGAUGAACACAAAUUGCAUGAAUUAGACAGUCGAGGUUGAACUAAACUACGCUGGGAGACCCAAAGGGCCCAGGCUAAAUUGUCAAAGCCAAUUUUGCACAGUGCUGCACUUUUUGAACAUGAAAAAUGUAUUUAUCUGUACAGAUGGAGAUGCUCAACAUGAAGAGUGUACAUGAGACCAGGCAGCAUAAUAAAGGCAUUUUGUUUUUUUUUAUUCAAAAGCAUUACCCAUUUAAUUGACCUUGCUCGCAUUCCCAAGUGGUCUUUAAGCCAAAAUGGUUUCUUAUUUGUAAAGGGAUUUUUUUUUUUACCUUAAUUGUUUUGCUUGUUUCUUGUACUUUUCAUUUUCUUGUGAUUUUUUUUUUUAUAUAUAUUUUUUUUAUUUCUUUGUAAUGACAACAAAAAAAUUGAGAGAACAAUGCAUUGUUAAGACCAAAUGAAACUUAAAAACGAGGUUGUGAUGCUAGGAUUAAAUCCGUCACUUCCUGGUAACAGAGGGGUGUAACAGUUAAAUCUCUCCCCCGUGGUUGGUUUUCUUUUAGUUCCCUUUGACAACAUAGCAAUGUUCAGCAUGCUGUCCGCUGGUCGCUGCUACAUUAUAGUACAAGGAGCCCCCACCCCUGCCACACACACACUCCUAGGUCAGCUCCAGCUCCUUAUCUAUCCUCUAAUAUGUAAUACUCUAGUGCCACUUGGUGGAAGGGAACCGCCUGAGACCACUGAGAAUGAGUCAAACUGAUUUUCAGGGUCCAAAUCUAAAAACAAAAACUAAGAGGAACAAAAAAGAAUGUGCCCGUCUUUUUACGACUGACUGUAUGCCUUUUUUUAUAUAUAUAUAGCUACCGCAUAAUCAUUAUGUAAUCAACAAUGGCUGCAGUUCUUUCUUCUUAUAAAACGGCCCCUUGGUCUGGUUGGUGUGUCUAAGGAGAAGAAAAGGCCGACAGGGAUCGCUUCUCUGUCCUUUCCAAACCCAGUAUUUUUAAGCACUUAUCGUUUGCUUAUCAUUUUUUGCCUAAUUGUAAAGAAGCUGCAGAAGGUGAUUUUUUUUGUUAAAUGUUAUGUCGGGUGACUACCUUUCUGAGCACUUCGGAGUACGCAUGACAUCUCUCUCUCUAUUUUAUGACUCGACAAGACUCAACUAUCUUCUUUUUUGUGUUUUCGUUCAUCUUUUUGGCACUCAGUAAAAAUUGGUAUGUGCUGUAUAAAGCUUUUUGAUUAGUUCAUUGUUAAGGCUGUACAGGGUUGUUUGUGACAAUAACUGGUAAAUAGAUCAUUUGUACUUUUUUGUUUUUUGUAUUCGUUUGUUUUUUGUUUUGGCAUUAUUUUAUGUUCAAAAGUUGCCAGAUCUAAAUGUAACAGGAUUUGAAAGUAAAGCUUACAGAUAUUCCACCUCA